GGGCACACGUGAUGAAUUUUUAAAUGGACGAUUUAGGCACAAUGGAACAACGGCAGCGAACGUGGAAGAAAAAUUUGUACGAAAAUACAGACUAUCCAGAUAAUUACACAGAUAAGACAUUUCUAGAAGAAUUAAAGAAAAAUGUUAAUAUUACAGAAAUUUCUCCUCUAACUGCUAUUCUUGGAGCUGGCCUUGUUACCCAGGAACUGUGCAUCAUAGUUUUCUUUGUAGCUGUGUAUGUAUACUUACACAGUGGUUGGAUCGAACCUGAAACAGUGUUUGUUCAGAGCAGUUUGGUUGCAGCUAUAGGUUAUCUUACGUAUAGAAUUGUACUAACAGACAAGAAUUAUAAUGAAGUGCUGAUUACAGAUUUGCGAACUGUUCUGAUAUUUGUUGUUUUUGGUUAUGUGCUGUCACCAGUAUUAAAAACAUUAACAGAUACAAUCAGUACAGACACUAUAUAUGCAAUGACAACAUUUAUGAUGAUUAUACACUUAAUCUUUUUUGAUUAUGGAGUACCAUCAGCUAUAGUUUCUAGUUCACUGUCUAUGAAUGCAGCAAUAUUUGGUUCAGUAUGUUUAGCUUCCAGGCUGGCAUCACCAUUCCAUGCCUUUGUUUUGCUAACUAAUGCUGUAGAAUGUUUUGUUCUGUUACCCAUCUUAUUAUCCAAAGGCAGGGGUUCAGUUAUUGUACUUGCUGCCAUGAUUACUACAGCAGUUUAUGCAUUGUGGACAGUUUCUUUAAUUAUGAUGUUCCUAUUUAUAUGUGUCACACUUUUUGUUACUGUAUUAUGUCCAGUUUGGUUUCUAAGAUGGCAGAAGCACAAGGAAAAUAUAUAUGGGCCUUGGGAUGAAGCAGUAGUACAUGAUGUGAGAAUGUAAAGUACUGUAGUCAUUACAUGAGUUUUAAUAAAAUUUCACUACAAAUUUUGACCAAAAUGGUCAUCAGGUGUUUAAAAUUAUAGUUGAGGAAACUGCUAUGCUUAAGCUAUAAUGGUUUCAGUUAUUAAUUUUUUUAACAUAUGGUCUGCUUUAUGUGCAUGUGUAUUCCAGGUGUUCAUAAAAAAGACACAGAGCACAACACAACAGGAAGAGCCUGUCACUUGGAAUACACAUGUGCAUAGAAGGGACCAUAAAAGUAAAAAAGUAACGCUAUCCCUGUACCAGGCCGUGAAGGCCCAUAGGGUUGUGAGACGUUGAGGGUC